AUGUACAAAUCCAUCACCUCCCGAGCCGCAAGGCAGUUCGUCCAGCCCGCACGCAUUGGCCGUCGCUAUGCGUCAACGCCUGCGGCUUUUGAUUGGAAAGACCCGCUCGGGGCGAACAAUUUGUACACAGAGGAGGAGCUGGCAAUUGCAGAGACUGCCGAGUCAUAUUGCCAGGAGCGGAUGCUGCCUAGGGUACUCGAGGCAUUCAGAAAUGAGAGCUACGACAAGAAGAUUCUCGAGGAGAUGGGAGAGCUAGGUCUGCUCGGUGCCACUAUUCAGGGAUAUGGCUGUGCUGGCGUAUCGUCAGUUGCCUCUGGUCUCAUCACCCGCGCCGUUGAGCGUGUAGAUUCGGGUUACAGAUCAGGUAUGAGUGUGCAGUCGUCUCUCGCUAUGGGUGGUAUCGAGGAGUUUGGAACUGAGGAGCAAAAGGAGAAGUUCUUGCCGGGCAUGGCAAAGGGCAAGAUCUUGGGAUGCUUUGGUUUGACAGAACCCAACCAUGGCUCCGACCCUGGCAGCAUGGAGAGUGUCGCAAAGCCGCAUCCCACAAAGGAGGGCUACUACGCCCUCUCAGGCAGUAAGACAUGGAUCACAAACAGCCCCAUCGCCGAUGUCUUCCUCGUCUGGGCCAAGCUGCAGGAGACAGGCAAGAUCCGAGGUUUCAUUGUGGAGCGCAGCCAGGCCACGCCUGGAACCCUAGAGACACCAAAGAUCUCCAACAAGAACGGUCUGCGAGCAAGUGUCACGGGUAUGAUUCAAAUGGACGAGAUGCCUGUACCAAAGGAGAUGAUGCUGCCUGAGAUUGAGGGUCUGCGAGGACCAUUCUCGUGUUUGAACAGCGCGAGAUACGGUAUUGCUUGGGGUGUGAUUGGUGCACUCGAGGAUGCCAUUUCGAGAGCACGCGAAUACUCGCUGGAGCGGAAGCAAUUCAAGAACAACCCAAUUGCCAAGUAUCAGCUCGUGCAGAAGAAACUCGCAGAUGCCACUACUGACGCCGCGUAUGGUAUUCUUGCCGCCUACCAGGUUGGAAGACUGAAGGAUGAGGGCAAGGCUGCGCCGGAGAUGAUCUCCAUGAUCAAGCGCCAGAACUGCGACAGAGCCCUUAUCGGUGCUCGAAAUCUUCAGGAGAUCUUUGGUGGUAAUGCGGCGAGCGACGAGUACCACAUCGGUCGACACGUGUCGAACCUGUUUGUGACGCAGACGUACGAGGGCCAGAGUGACAUCCAUUCAUUAAUUCUUGGACGAGCAAUUACUGGUCUUCAAGCAUUUUGUUAA